AUGCCACUGCUCUGGCAGGCCCCCUCCAGACGGCUGAAGGGACAAGAGAUGCUCUUCCAUGUUGCCGGGAUGGUUCUGCUCUCUCUGCGCACUGCUACUGCAUCAGCAGGGGACCCAGAAACACUCCAGCAGCUGGGCCAGAUCUUGGCUGCACCUGGAGGCACUGUGACGAUCCACUGCAACCUGACAAAAAGUUAUGUGAUCUGGUACAAGCUGGACCAGGACCAAAACCUGUGCAAGGUUUCACUCGAAGGAAGGUCUUCCAAAGUGCAGGGCAGUCUGAUCCUCCACAACCUGCAGCAGAACGACUCUGGAGAGUAUUUCUGUGCUGCACUCAUUGCCCAGAAAUUCAGGAUCCUGCAUGGGACUCGGCUUCUCGUGUCUGGAGCUUCUCGCCCGCAUCUCUCCACCCUCCUGCCUUCGCCCUCGGAGGGGGCUCGGCCCAACGGCAGCAUCUCCAUGCUCUGCAUCGCCUCCGGUGCCGAUCCGGCUCAGAAUGAGACUUUUUGGAACACAGGCUGGAAGGAUGUGCCCAUGACAGAUGGCAGUUUCAAACUGAUUCCUUCAGGGAGGUGGACCCAGGCCGUGCCUUUGGAUUGUUCCGACCGGGGAGAGAGGAACACGAGACAGACAGGGGGCUGCUUCCGGGUGCUGUAUGUUGGGGUGCCCUUCCUCGCCCUCCUCCUCCUGGGGCAAGCCCUGGCCCUGCUGCUCAGGAAGCGUCUCUCUGGAGGGAAUCUGGGGAAACCGGCCACUGGAAGAUGCGUGAGGGAGAUUCCCGAGACGGAGUAUGCAGAGCUCCCUUGCAGGAAAUGAAAAGCGCCUGAAAGCUCUGCAGAAGGAAAGGCACAGAGAAGGAGAGCAAAUGCCCGAGGAAGAGCUUUUCACUGCCCAAAUGUGGAGGCUUGCAGUAAACCUGACUUUUCCUAGGUGGACCUGCCCCAUGUCCUCGCUCUCGCGC